AGUUCAUUUUUUACAUGAAUUAAUUGUGUAUUUAUCAUCAUUUUACUUAGGAAAAUCUAGUUCUCAAUAAAUGUUAAUAUUAUUAUGUAGAAAUUAUGAGAGUUAAUCUAAUAAAUAUUACUACACCAAAAAGUUCGUUUUUUCAGUGUGUCCUAAUAAUAUUAAAUAAAUCGUAUUUUCUGUUUGUUAUUUUCUUUACAUAUUUCUAUGGACCUAGUUAUUUUUAGUGUUAUAAAUGGCAUUAUAACACAAUAUUCAUGACUGACAACAUAUCAGUCAUUGAAUAAACUUGAUUCGGAACAGAAACGCACACAAACUGUGUUUCUGACAUGCAUUAUCAGCACUGUGGAAAGAAUUACAAUACAAUGUUCUGAACAGGGUUCAUGUAAAGAAACACUGAUCACCUGAACGGUGACUUCACAAAAUUAUUAUUUACAACAAAACAACAUCAAUAAUAUAAGAGCUUAAACCUUUAUGACAUUUUGCUAACAAAUAUUUAAGUAGUUAAAGUUCUUAUCAGUUCUUAUUCUGUGAUAAAGCUUAAAAAAUAAAAAUGUUCAGGCGCAAAGAAUUGUGGGUAUUCCUUACAACAUGUGCAAAUACAUGUAAGUAAAUUUUACUUAGAUUUUUUAGUUUGAUGAUUAAAAUGUACUUAAUUAUUUUAGGACUAUGUGCAGUGACUAUAAAACAGAUAAAUAAUACAAGAAAAUAUCUAAUAAGACUUACUAUUCCCACACAGUUCAUUUUUUACAUGAAUUAAUUGUGUAUUUAUCAUCAUUUUACUUAGGAAAAUCUAGUUCUCAAAAAUGUUAAUAUUAUUAUGUAGAAAUUAUGAGAGUCAAUCUAAUAAAUAUUACUACACCAAAAAGUUCGUUUUUUCAGUGUGUCACCCGUUAUAUGCCACAUUUAUGAGUCGCCUCAGCCACUGUAUUUUCAUGUGGGACCAGGACGAUCUGACGGCCCUGAAGAUGGCAAAGCCUGCAGAGCUAGAAGCUGACUGGAGACCAUCAUCUGAAGCUUGUGUACUGCGCCGUAUCAGUCGUAGCGAGCUAGCCCUACAUUGCAGGAGAACCACUCGUGGGACCAAGGAGACCCUGACGAUGAUUGAGAGCCUCAUUCAGGCCUUUGAAGGAGAUGCUGGUCGUGACACUCUGGGAGUCCCUUUAAUAAACUCAGCCCGGAUGACUGAGAUCAUAAAGUCCCAGCGAAAGCAUGUGGCCUGCAUCCAGGAUCCUCAAGGUGUGCAGCUCUACAUGCAGACGGGCACUUUAAUGAAGGGAGGGCAUCGUCUGCCAACUUACCGCUGUGCCAGAGGUUCUACUUCGCUGGAGUCUUUUCAUCUGCACCUCAACAGAUUCAUCCCAGGCACGCUGGCAAGUGACACCUUUUUUCAGGCGUAUCUUUUGGAUGGACUUGCAAGGUGGAAUGAGGACCGGGCUGUGGCAGCAACAACUGAUGAGCAGCAGCCACAUUCCUAUAGUCAUCUUCUCCGUCAUGCUGCCAAUAUUCUUGCAGAGGAGGUCAUGGGCAUGAAAAUCAGCCCUUAUGUUGGGCCAAGAAAGUACACUGGUGAACUUAUCGGAGUAGAGUAUCUUUACCAGCAAACUGGUAAAGUUCUGCAGGACUACAGGUUGGCCAUUGAAGAGUCUGAGACCACUGAGGUUGUUAUAGAGGUGGAGGAAGCUUAUGAUGAACUUGAGGAGUUUCAAGACAUCACUGUCCCCACCUUUGACACAGAGCGGAUACCUUCUGCUAGUGAUGGGACAUCUGAAGCGAGGCUCCGGAGCUUGUGUCGAGCAAAAAGGGGCGUUCCAGAUGAAGCCCCGAUUCGAGGCUUGUAUCGUUUCCGUGAAAAUCACGUGACGAUGACAAACGAGGCCUCGUUUUCUGUUGAAUACGUCAUUGCUUCAUUCUGA